AUGGUCCGUGGAAAUGACGGUGCUGUUAGCAAGAGAGUAGCUAAAAAGCCGAGGACUUUAGACACGUUCCAAAAUGUGCGCGUUGGCUCUCCAAAUCAAACAUCAGCUGCAUUAGCAGUACUGAAUACAGAGCUGAGCACCAGAAAUUCAAGGCCAAGACGUGGUGCGUCGAAGAAAGCGGCACAGUCUAUAGUGGAUUCAAUUGAUCCAAAUGUUGGCUCUGCAGACGAAGAAGAAGGAGAAGAUUUUGUACCCGAAGAUGUAGCUGAGGAGGACGAGGAAGCAGAAAAUGAAGAUCAAGAUUAUGAACACAACAGUGAUCUUAUAGAAGUUGAGAAGCCGGGCUCUGUUAAGCCACCCCAAGACGAUUCUGUUUCUCGUCUUGUAAGCGAUACUAAAUCAAACAGAGUUACAGGUGGUAAGCGUGGCCGAAAACCCAAGCAAAAUGCAUCAGUGAAAGUUGAGAUGCAGGAUCUAACACCAACAUCGAAACUUGAUAACAAGCGUAGAGUAAUUCGUGCUUUGAAAGAUCUCACCUCUGCAAGAGACAAGAUUGAGCGCAUUUAUGGACUCAAUCCGCAGAAAUUGCUCGGUCUUGCGAAAGUAAAAGAAGGUUUCGAAACGGGACCAUUUGACUUUGAUCUCGAGGUCAUUCAAAAAGAAUCGAAAUACUUUGUAGACUUCUCACCACCGUGCGCCAAGAAAGAUAUCACGCAUUCGCUACCGUUGACUUCAUCAAGCUUUCAUUCAAUACAAGAAUCGGAGCUUCAACAACUUCUUCCUCUACGUGAAUCAGAGAUUCGUUUGCAAAUUUCCGACCUUGACACGCAUAUUAAUACUGACCAGAAGAUCGAGUUUCCAACGUUCCCAUGCGGCAAACGCAAAGGCUUUGUUUACAAUGUUGGGGGCCUUGUAACAGAUAUGGCAUGGCUUUCGCGGGAUGACACUGAUUCACUGUUUUUAGCGGUUUCGGUUUCCUGUAACUUUGACGAUCCUGUCGAUCCUGGCCUACGAUGCUUUGGUGAAGAGGAACACAUCUCCGGGAUAACUAUAUUUGAACUAGAUCCUCAAACGCUUUCGUUUGAGAAAUAUCAAAUGAUUAUACACAACUUUGGUGAGACCUGGAAUCUGAAGUGGCAUUCAGGAUACAGAGACGAAGGUUCUUUGGGGGUCCUGGUCGCGUGCUGCCAAGACGGCUCAGUCAAAUUAUUCAAAGUAGACCGCUCACAGAAGUACGAGAUCCGGAUGGUCGAAAGUGCAAAUCUCAGCGUAUCAAUACCGCAAGCCCCAAUUUCUUGCUUCGACUUCACAUCGCCAGAUUCCAUCGUUUGUGGAUUUCAAAAUGGCAGUGUAGCAGAAUUCGAAUUAGGAUCCGAACUGCCGUCGUAUUAUCGCAAGAUUCAUGAUUCAUACAUCAUUUCCAUUGUCGCGGCGUAUUCUAAUUACGAGGAUACCGUAAUUAGUACUACGUCUGUCGACGGAUUCAUUUGUAUUUUUAGCCCAAAGAGCAUACAGACUACUAAAUGCUCUAUUGGUCGUGUGCGCGGAGGUAACAGUACGAUUGCUACCUACUGCCCACCAGUAUAUGGGAUUGUUCAUUCUGACGGUGUGAAUUCCGUUAAGGCAUUUUCACCUAGAGCCGCAUUUGCUACGCACCAAAUUUGCCAACAUGAAAAUACGGUAAGUUCGCUUGCAGCGUCAAAACUACAUCCAUUUUUGCUAUCGGGCUCAGCGGAUGGCACUCUAAUGAUAAAUAAUAUGGCAAGAAGGUUCUUAACGGGAAUUAAGAACAAUGCAACGGUGUACAAGUAUCUCAAACUAUGGGAAUGGGAUUUUAACAUAAAGGAACAAAAAUAUCGACUCGAUCCUAACUAUCUGGUUUACAGUUUUAGUGUCAACGAGGUUUCAAAAGCGAGGGUCAGCCCUCACGGAAUUAAUAUCGCAUGUGCUAAAUGGAAUGAAACUAGUAAGGGUGGUAAGUUUUACUCGUUUGUAAAUAAUGCGGGUUUACUAGUAAUUGAAGAGUUGGGAAACUAA